CAAAUAUGCUGUUGUCUUUUUCAUACAUCAUCACUCCGUAUCUUAUCGUAGCUUCCAACUAUCAAAGUGUUCACGGACAAGUCAAGUAAGCACCGUCGCCCUCACAUCACUUCACGCAACAAUGUCCCUUUCUCCACGCUCAGUUCACGACGCUGAGCCCAAAAUCCGGCCGGCGGGCACUACCGAGCUCAGCUGGUGCAAGGCUGUUCCCGGCGGCACCGGCAUAACUGUUCUCGCUCUCCUCCUCUGCAAGCCCCUCGACAUCCCGUUUCUCCAAAAUGCCCUCCGCAAACUCCAGAUUUCCCACCCCAUCAUCAACUCCAAACUUCGUUUUGAUUCCGUUUCCAACACUUUCUCCUAUGUCACGCCCCCGACUCCCCACAUCCGAGUGCAGCCCUUCGAUCUCCCGUCAACGUCCCAGAUUUUGGAAGCCCAGUUCCCCGAGGAGAGCAACUCCGUUUCCCCCUUUCACCUCAUUCUCGAACACGAACUGAACACGAACUCGUGGCAGAAUCCUGACCCUUCAUCAGAUACUGAUGUUUUCUUUGCAAGCUUGUACACUUUGGAGAAGAGUAAGUGGGUUCUGGCUCUUAGACUGCACACGUCCGCAUGCGAUAGGGCAGCCGCUUUGGCGUUGCUGAGGGAAUUGAUGGGGUUGGUGGGGGAGGGGGAAGGGGAGGGGGUAGAAACGGAACAAGGAAAAGAAAUGGAGGUCAGUUUGGGAAUUGAGGAAUACAUUCCUAGUGGGCAGGGGAAUAAGCCCUUCUGGGCUCGUGGGGUGGACAUGCUAGGCUACUCUUUGAAUUCUUUGAGGUUGGCAAAUUUAAGUUUCAAGGACACAGAGUCGCCCAGAAUGUCACGGUUUAUUAGGUUGCAAAUGAAUACAGAAGACACCUGUCGGAUUCUAUCUAGUUGCGAGCGUCAAGAGAUUAAAUUGUGUGCGCUUCUGGCAGCAGCUGCUUUAAUUGCUUCUCAUUCCUCAAAAGGGAUUCCUGAUGAUUAUUGGGAAAAGUAUGCGGUUGUGACACUCAUGGAUUGCCGUCCUAUUCUUGAUCCAGUGCUCAGCAGCAACCAUGUUGGCUUUUAUCACUCCGCCAUUCUCAACACUCAUGACAUUAAAGGAGGGGAAGACUUGUGGGAGUUGGCUAAACGAGUGCAUACAUCCUUUACAAAUGCCAAGAACAACAAGAAGCAUUUCUCCGACAUGGCUGAUAUCAACUUUUUGAUGUGCAAGGCAAUAGAGAACCCCGGUUUGACACCGUCAGGAUCACUCAGAACUUCGCUUGUAUCCAUCUUCGAGGACUGUGUGAUUGAUGAUUCCAACAAACUUCAUCAGGUUAUUGGAUUGGAGGACUUCGUUGGGUGUGCCUCAGUUCAUGGUGUAGGCCCAUCCAUAGCAAUAUUUGACACAAUAAGAGACGGGAAAAUGGAUUCAGCAUGUGUGUUUCCCUUCCCCUUGCAUUCGAGGGAGCAGAUGCAGGAACUUAUAGAUGAACUGAAAAGGAUUCUUUUGGAUGGAACAACUUGACGGGGCUGAUAUUACUAUGGAGCAGCAAGUGUAGCUAAGUUGCAAUCGGAUGUUAUUUAUGGCUUGAAAAUUUGAUCGUUAGUUAGAUCUUUCAUUAGGCCAUGUAUGCAUCACCCCAGACUGUUGUUUUCCUGACUCAUAUUUCUACCAACUUUGUCUGGUAAAUAUAACGGCUACGGCCCUUCGGUUAA